UGGAGCAAUGAGCUUGGAAAUUGUCAAAAACGCAAUCGAACAGACUAUUCCUGUGGCUUUGAAAGUGCAGAUUUGUGUGGUUGGACAACGUCUAAAGUAGCCACCUAUCCUUGGAAGAGGGUCAGUACAUUGGAAAACUUUCCCUCGAAUUCUCCUUCGAAAAAAUACGUAAAUCUUGAGAAAGGUUACUUUAUGCGAGUGGAGCCGGAGACUGGUACAAGAACGACCUCCGAUCUGACAUCUCCCAUCUAUCCAAGGUCACUUAGCUCAGAGUCCGUUUGCUGUUUCGGUUUUCAAUACUUUAUUUAUGGACUUAACAAUUACUUUAGUGAGCCUCAAUUGGAGUUGCAUGUGAAACUUGUUCCCAGAAUCGAAAAUAAAGUUGUGGUGGUAUCAACUAGUCCUCGCAUAUGGAAGUUGUCGAAUCCCCAAAUCGGCGAGUGGGUUCAGGAUGCUGCUAUAAUUCCAGAAAUGACAUAUGACUUUCAGGUCUCCUUUACAGCCAACAACUAUGGUUCGAAAUUAUGGGAUAUGGCCAUUGACAAUGUGACAUUAUUGACUGGCAAAGAUUGCUGGAAUUUAUUUGAUAAUUUGAAAGAAAUAUCAACUGAAUGUAGAGAUCAGAGUAUCUAUGCUCAUACAGAAUAUCCUGAAUAUUGAAAGUGCCUUCUUUUGUUUUAUUUUACCACUCGUAUAAAAUAUUUUGUAAUCUUUAUUCUAUAGUUUUAUAAUCCUCUUAAUCCUACCUAUCCACAUGAACGACAAAGAAUAUAUAAUUAUGUAACUAACACUAACAUGGAACUUUUUAAUAAAAUAUACCCUUAUGUUCCCCA